UGAUAAUAACUUCAGUGACAUUUCUCACCAUCUCUUCUGUCUCCAUUUCUGCAGACAAGAAAACGCCCUGGACAUCCCGAGCGCCAGAAUAUAUGAUAAAUUAUUUUCUUCUGUGUAAUUAUGUGAUUUGUUUUGUUGUAUUAACUGUUAUUUUGGACGAAAUUGUUUACUAUAUAUCAGGCUGUCUGCUACGUCACGACACACCCCUAUAUGGUAGGGAGACAGCUGGAGACUCAGCUCGAGACUGAUAAGCGUCUCGACCAAUGGGAACCAACACUAUUACCGAGUGGAGAGCUGUGAUUGGACACUGGGAGGAUUAUAUAUAUGUAUAGAUAUGCCUGACUGCUAAAAUGUGGGGGCGGGACUAUGGAGAAGCGCUGUCCAUCUAUGUUGAUACAGAUCUAAAAAACUGGACUAACACAGUGUCUGCUUACGUUGCUCUUCGCAUGGACUAAUUUUUGUUUUAUACCGAGGAAAAGUUUUUCAGCGUGGGGAAAUUGUUAAAAAGCCACCCUUCAACUCCACUGGCUCGGAAAAUUUGGCGACCUGGCUCCAACAUUUGGGGCCCCCUCUGCCUCUACUACUGCACAAAGUGAAGGUUGAUAUGCCACAUCAGUGAUGGAGCCCAUGACGGUGACGACGUCGGUGGUCGGACCGGACGAGUUCGACCGCAACGCCCCGCGGAUCUGCGGCGUGUGCGGCGACAAGGCCACCGGCUUCCACUUCAACGCCAUGACCUGCGAGGGCUGCAAGGGGUUCUUCAGGCGCAGCAUGAAGCGUAAAGCCUCCUUCACCUGUCCGUUUAAUGGAAGCUGCACCAUCACCAAGGACAACCGGCGUCACUGCCAGGCCUGUCGUCUCAAACGCUGCAUUGACAUCGGCAUGAUGAAAGAGUUCAUCCUGACAGAUGAGGAGGUUCAGAGAAAGAAGGAAAUGAUAUUGAAGAGGAAGGAGGAGGAGGCAGCCAGGGAGGCAAUGAGGCCACGGCUGAAUGAUGAGCAGGCUCGCAUCAUCUCCAGCCUGGUGGAAGCUCACCACAAGACCUACGAUGCCUCCUAUUCUGACUUCUCCCGCUUUAGGCCUCCAGUGCGUGAAGGCCCAGUAACACGCAGUGCCAGCAGAGCCGCCUCCCUUCACUCUUUGUCUGAUGCCUCCUCUGACUCAUUCAACCACUCACCUGAGUCGGUGGACACCAAGAUGAACUUCAGCAACCUGUUAAUGAUGUACCAGGACGGUGCUAGUAGUCCAGACUCCAGUGAGGAGGACACAAAGCUUUCCAUGCUGCCCCACCUGGCUGACCUGGUCUCCUACAGCAUCCAGAAGGUCAUAGGGUUUGCCAAGAUGAUCCCAGGCUUCAGAGAGCUGACAGCAGAAGACCAAAUCGCUCUGUUGAAGUCGAGUGCCAUUGAGAUCAUUAUGCUGCGUUCUAACCAGUCCUUCAGUCUUGAGGACAUGUCCUGGAGCUGUGGAGGACCUGACUUCAAAUACUGCAUCAAUGAUGUUACAAAGGCGGGUCACACUCUGGAGCUGUUGGAGCCACUGGUGAAGUUCCAGGUUGGUCUCAAGAAACUCAACCUGCAUGAGGAAGAACACGUACUGCUCAUGGCCAUCUGCCUGCUCUCCCCAGAUCGUCCCGGUGUCCAGGACCACGCCCGCAUCGAGCAGCUUCAGGACCGUCUGUCAGAGGCGCUGCAGGCCUACAUCCGAGUCAACCACCCAGGCGGACGCCUCCUCUACGCCAAGAUGAUCCAGAAGCUGGCCGACCUGCGCAGCCUGAACGAGGAGCACUCCAAGCAGUACCGCUCGCUCUCCUUCCAGCCUGAGCACAGCAUGCAGCUCACCCCUCUGGUGCUGGAAGUGUUUGGCAGCGAGGUGUCAUAGCAGAGGCGGAGGCAUGUGUGCAUACAUACACACACUCAACACACACAAGAUGAUUAACCAACCCUUACCGCCUUUCCCCCAGAAAACCCCAGCCUUGAUACAACCCUGGACAUGUGGGAGAAAGAUGGAUUAUGAGAUAGAUAGACAGUAACCUUCACCUCUUUAUCAUCUGCCAUACUCCUUCUCUUCCUCCUCACCUCAAGCAGCAAGACUCAAAUGCCUGGACCUCUGGAUUUAUGGAUAUGACACCUGAAUAUGCUGUGGAUUUCUGCAGCACUUGGAUAACCAGAUAUAUAUAUUUUGACCUCUGGAUUUGCAAACACAGUACGGUAUUACAUUUCAUUAUCACGCAGAUAUCCUGACUCAUUGACAUCUGGAACAGACGGAUCUCUCCACAUCCACAAACUCCUCAUCACCACCUUACCGGGCAUCACUGCUAAAUUCCUUACAUUGUUUUCCCAGUGUGAUGGAUGGAUGUGACUCCCACAUCCUUUUUACCAUGGUCCUUAUUACAUUGCUCCAUGUUCACAUCAUUGCAAUGUCAGAUUGGAAUAGAUACACAGAUUUACAUUUAUUAACCAUGCUGGCACUUGUGAGGUACAGCUACUUUGUUAGUGUUAAAUAGCUAAAAGCUAUUGUUGAUUUACAGUUUGUUGACAGCAAAGAUAUCCAAAUAUAUUCAACAUCAACAUGGCUAAGCUUACAAUAAUGUAACUGAAAUACUUGGCUUACUGGUUUAAAAAUACUUUAUAAGAUCAGAGUCUAGCAGGUGUGUUUUCCUGCUUAGCUCUCUGUAUCUGUGUAUGUUCAAGGAGAGGUCUCAGAUGGUUAGCUGAAGUUAGGAAAGCGAGUUAAAGUAGGAAACGUUUCAGUUUGCGAAUGGUGGGAAGAAAUACCUCUGGUGGAGUAAGAAAAGGAGGUUGGAUUGAUGGUGAGAGUCGCUACGGUUGAAAUUCCUUGUUCAUUCACAAGACAAAAGGGUAUUUCACAAAUCAAGAAUGUAUGUAUAAUGCUAUAUAAAUAUUAAAUGAUAUGUAUAA